AUGCCCUCACGGCCCAAGCGCAAUGCAAUCCCCCGCUCACGCAACACCCACCAGUCCGACCUAUAUACACCGCUCCCGGGAUCUAGCCCCCCUGCUGCCUCCAGUUACGACUCAGAGCCGCCCGCCCACUGGUCCUCGCCUCCGCCCGAGAACGACUUCUAUCCGGAACCCGCGCCCGAGGGAAUAGGAGGUACCGCGUCGCGACGGGACGCGGGCGCCAUCGACGCGCUCUUCAGUCGCGUCAGUGGUGAGGACGAUCCGCCUGAUGAUCCCGACGUCCGAGCACAGGUACCAGCUUUCCCGGGGCAGGCCUUGUCGCCGGAUUCUCGCACGUCCGAGCUGCUGCCGCGGAACGAUGCACUGUCCCAGAACGCUGGCUUCACGGACCAUCAAGUCGGCCAUACAAGGUCUCCAAUGCUUGCUCGAGCCUCGCUCCUUCGGUGCCGUGCCCCAGAGUUGGUGCAUGCAUCGCAGCCGGUACGCACGUGUUCCGAGACCGCCAGCGAUGACUCUCGUAGACUACUUCUUUCUCAUCGACUGCCACUCCAGAGACUGUCCUACAGACGACUGACAAACCUCUGUAGUGAACCGACAACCCUGGAGUCCUUCUCGCGCACGAUCCGCAAUUACAUCCCGACUUCGAUACCUAUUCCGUCUGCCUCGCCGACCCCACCCCGCAUCUCUCGGCCUUUAUCUUUUGGUAGCUUCCUCACUCCUUCCAUGUCUCCGGUGCCCGCUCAGCGCGAACGCAGCGCGUCCAACACCUCCAGCACGUGGAAGCGGCAGGGAAGCGAUGCCGCUGGCUCCCCUCGUCCGGACCUCUCCUCCUGGGCGGGCCAGCGUGUGUUGGGCGAUGACGCUGCGGUGUUCGACCUGGACGAGGAAUUGUCCCAAGCCACUCCGACGCGUUAUCCAGCGGUCAACGAGAAGGAGGAGAUCGUAUGGGCCGGUUGGGAUCAGCUCGUCGAGAGCGAUUCAAUAGCACCAAGGCGUCUCCUGCUCAUGGGUUACAAGGCCGGUCUGCAGAUCUGGGACUGCACGAAUUUAGGUUCAGUUGCCGAAGUCCUCAACUUGACCGACGCGCGGUGGGGCACGGUCGAGUUCGCCGGUGUGCUGCCGCUCCCGCGCAACGUACGGGAUGACGCCUUCCGCGAUCAACGUCCGCUCGUUGGCAUCUUAUCCCGGAACGGUGGCCAGUGCGCGUUUGUGGUCUACUCGCUUCGCACCCAUACGGUAGUCAAACGGAUUGAUCUGCCCGGUUUAAGAUCGUUCUCAUCGUCCGCUGACUUUGUUGUGCUGGGCACUGCGAAACCUCCAUCUCUACACAUUCUCUCGUCUUACACGCUCACCAAUCUGUACACUAUCCCGUCUACAUCACUUGUCGCCUUUGCCGCGCCCUCAGUAACCCCCACCUCUCCACGAUUAGACUUAGACAAACACUACGAACCUAGCCUCAACACCACCACAGCAUUCUCAACUUCAACCUCGAUACCCCAGCCCAUCUACGCACUGCACGGGCGUCUUCUCGCGUUUGCGUCGCCAGUCCCACGGCUGCAUUCCCCUCCACCGUCUAGUGGCCCCAAGGGCACCGUUCACCCAUCUAGCUGGAGCGCGGACGGCACUUCUAGGCUCAACAUCACGCAAGCGGAUCUUGGAACCGCAGCGGUAAAGCUCGGAGGCAACGUCUUGAGUGGCAUGCGAUCUCUGGGCGGGAUGGCGAUUUCUGCCGCACGGGCAGGUAUCGCUACUGCCGCGGCCGCGGCUGCUGCAGAGUCAAGCAUCCCAAGACCUACGCCCGCGCCCGCGGGCCUCUCUACCAUGUUCUCGCGCAGCGCACCUGCAGCUGCCGGAGCUGACGACGUCCGUCCGUCACAAGAAUCCGCUCCCAAUCGCGGAGGCCUGCCUGCGUUCUCCCCCCUACAUCGUUUGUCUUCUUCGUCGGGAUGCAACGUGACCGUCGUAGACCUGCAGCCGCUACUGGCCUCCGCAGAGAGUCCCAGCAGGAUUGCGGACUUCCUUGCGUCCAAGCGACAGUGCGUCAGCAACCUGCGCUUCUCUGGAGAUGGUACAUCUUUGGCCGUCUGUGCUCAAGACGGCCAUAGUGCGAAGAUCUACCGACUCGGACCCCCUGCUCGCACAUCGCGUUCCGCGCCUCGAUCGUCGCACGACACGUACAAGACCACCAAGGGCACCGAUGAUUUUCAACCGUCGGACCGUUCGCGGACAACUUCUCAUACGGACGGCGAAGAGUCUUUCGCACCUCCGUGGCACCUGUACAACCUUCGCCGAGGGCGUACGUCUGCUGUAGUUGAUGGAUUAGAUUGGGCGAACGAUGGGCGUUGGUUUGCGAUGGGAACACGCAAGCGUACGGUACAUGUGUUCGCUGUCAACCCGACAGGUGGCGUUCCUGACGAGGCCAGCCAUCUUAGUGCGAGGGUGUUUGAUCCUCAUACGCCGCUUGCUCUGUCUACGGAAGUCCAUCCUGUCAUUCGUUUGCGAGGGGACAAGGCACCUCUUCCUGAGAUACAGGCACCGCCCUUGGCUUUCACGUUCAUCCGUUCCUCGGAGAACUCGCUUCCAUCCAAUCUCCUCCCUCCUAUGGCCCCGACGUUUUCUGCGUCAUCCUCGCCGUCGUCAAUCCACUCACUCGCGCCAUCAUCUCCCGCUCGACAACCACGGAGGCCGUCCAACUUCCAGGACAUGCUCAUAUUCGACGCUUUGGAUGCGACAUUGAGCUUGCGACGAGUCUUCGUGGAACGCGCUAAUGAAGAAUCAGCGUCGGGCCUAUUGCCUGGGGCUACCAGCAUGUCGCUCCCGGGACCUAGCUCUCUUGCGCGACUCGGCAUGUCGUCGUCUAGCAACGCAGCCAAGUCUGGGCUCUCGCAGAUGAUGGAAGAGCCUACGCAUCUCGCUGCGCGAGAGAGCCGAGUGGGCAGCUGGAACCUCAGACGAGCCGCCGAUUGGCGCGAAAUCAGGCAAGUGGUGUUUCAGAAGCGUAGUGCAUACCGGCGGGAUCGUCCUCAGAGAGCUGACUGGCUGUCCUGCGCGGAGCUGUCGACGCACUCGAGCUCGUCCCAGACUCUGCCGCGGUCGAUCUACCUCUCACACCAGUUCGCAUUCCAUGCGCUUGGUGAGGAUUACCAUGCCCUUGUUCGUCGGCACAAUUUCGAAGUGCCGUCGACGCGGAUCGCAGUCCGUGCAGAGGUUGAAGUGAACGCGUUCCCGAGCGGCUUUGAUGCUACAUUCAUGCUUGACUCGCGUGCUGGUCGCCGUGCGUCCUCGUCGUUCGACGAGCCACUGGCCUCUGCUCUCGCCGGAGAUAUCGUUCAGCUUAGUCCAUCUCUACCUGUCCUGCCGAUGUUCCCCAAUGGCGCGCCGGGCGCGUCAUCGCGCUCUCUGAAGAAUGCGAUACCUAUCCGACACGUCGCCGCUGGACUGAGCGAUAGCAUGUCCGGCAGUCUCACGCGACUUCGCCGCGAGAUGGGUCGUGUCCGCUCUCCGCAACUCGCCGCCCGACCGGAUGCCGACCUCCCUGUGCCUCUGGAAUUUGACGAAGAAGACGACGACUUCAUCGGUGCCAAUGGUCCCAUCCCUUCGUCCGUACCGGAGGACGAAGGCAUGUCCUAUACGCAUUCACGCGGCGGAGGCGAUUCGGGUGAGAGCAUCUCGACACCGUCGAGUAAUAUGGACCCACUGCCGGUCGAGGACGACCACACAGUGGGCGGUCUGUGGCAAGGCUGGGAGGCGGAAGACCAGCUUGCAGUAGAGGAAGCGGAGAGGUUUGAUGACCUGACAGCGGGUUUCGUGGACGAAGACCCGCCGCCUCCGCCUGCGGUGGAGGGCAAGAAGCGUAAGAAACAGGGUAAGAUCGUUCGUAGGACAUGAGCCCGGUCGACACGAUGGCAUGGGACUCUUUGUUCUCGGGACAGUCGUUUGCAGGUAGGAUAGGAGAAGGAUGUCAGGUUAUAAUAGCCCAUGAGAUGUACGAUAGUUACGAAUAUCAUGUAUGAGUAGCAUAGCCUAUUGGGAAUCUUCACCGGCAAAGGCGCGAUGUUACGCGCGUGUAGCGUCGAGCCUCGCCAAUCCGAGCGCACUCGAGGUCAAUCACCCUCUCGACAUUGGGCUUCCCUAAAUGUGCUCCAUGGAUUAUUUGCUCCGCCUACACCUUCUGCGCGUCGACAUUGCACAACAUGCAGGAACUGCUCGAUGACCCACUCCGCCGCAUCCAGCCACUCACGCGUGCCACUGCCACUGCCAGUUACGAUAGAUCGACUCUCAAACCGUGUCCGUCGGGGCAGUCAUUCCCGUCGUAAUCGCCGGGCCAGUUGAACUCACAUCCGGCCCGUCCCUUGGUACACUCUGAUAGAUGCGAAGGACGUC